CGCGGCCCGAGUCCCCGGGCGCUGCCGCCGGUGAGGGGACAGCGCCGGCCCCGCGCUCCCGGCGGCUCCGCUCCGCUCGCCGGCCCAGGUCUUGCAUGCUGUGACACAAAGAUCUCCUCGCCUGGUGCACUAUGUUCAUGUUUUGAAAUCAAGAUUGAUUAGCCAACAGGAGAAGACCCAGCUGGUUAUGUGACUCAGAACCCUGUUCAUGAGGCACUUGCUUGUUUUUACAAGACAACUGUCCAGAGGAAGAAAUGACCAUGUAGAUUCUACAGCUUGGGUGCAGCAUAAUGGGAAAUGGUGAAUGGAGUGGAGCUGGUCUGCAGCCUUGAGAGCAGCCGUUCUGUGACCUCCAGCCUGUCAGGGACACCCUCCACGCCAGGGGCAUCCUCCACGUCGCUCGCCGGACACACGCGGGAUUCUUUUUAAUUUCUCCGAUUUGGAAUUCGAGGUUCCCGUCCUCCAGUUUUUAAAACAGUUUUAAGAUUGUAUCCAACUACAACGAGUGGAGCAAUAUAAACCAGCCACGAUGGGUGACAUGACAAAUAGCGAUUUUUAUUCCAAGAACCAAAGAAAUGAGGCCAACCAUGCAGGAGAGUUUGGGUGCACGCUGCAGGAACUGCGCUCCCUCAUGGAACUCCGAGGGACAGAAGCAGUAGUAAAAAUUAAAGAGACUUAUGGGGAAACAGAGGGGCUCUGCAGACAUCUGAAGACAUCACCAACAGAAGGAUUAGCUGGAACUGCUGCAGACCUAGAAAAAAGAAAGCUUAUUUUUGGAAAAAAUUUUAUACCUCCAAAGAAGCCAAAAACAUUCAUACAGCUAGUUUGGGAAGCGUUGCAGGACGUGACUCUUAUCAUCUUGGAAAUUGCAGCCAUCAUAUCUUUGGGGCUUUCCUUUUAUCAGCCACCUGGAGAAGGGAAUGAAGGGUGUGGUACUGCGACAGGAGGGGCUGAGGAUGAGGGGGAGGCCGAAGCCGGCUGGAUUGAGGGUGCUGCCAUCCUCCUGUCCGUCAUCUGCGUGGUCCUGGUCACUGCCUUCAACGACUGGAGCAAGGAGAAGCAGUUCCGGGGGCUGCAGAGCCGCAUCGAGCAGGAGCAGAAGUUCACCGUGGUGCGAGGGGGACAGGUCAUCCAGAUCCCCGUGGCAGAGAUCGUGGUUGGGGACAUUGCACAAGUCAAAUAUGGUGACCUUCUACCUGCUGAUGGGAUAUUUAUUCAAGGCAAUGACCUGAAAAUCGAUGAGAGCUCCUUGACUGGAGAGUCCGACCAGGUCCGCAAAUCCGUGGACAAAGACCCAAUGCUGCUGUCAGGCACCCAUGUCAUGGAAGGCUCUGGGCGGAUGCUGGUGACUGCUGUGGGGGUGAAUUCUCAGACUGGCAUCAUCUUCACUCUGCUGGGAGCUGGGGGAGAAGAGGAGGAGAAGAAAGACAAGAAAGCCAAGCAGCAGGACGGGGCUGCUGCCAUGGAGAUGCAGCCGCUGAAGAGCGCGGAAGGGGGAGAGGGAGACGACAAGGACAAGAAGAAAUCCAACAUGCACAAGAAAGAAAAAUCCGUCCUGCAGGGAAAGCUGACCAAGCUGGCAGUGCAGAUUGGCAAAGCAGGUCUGGUGAUGUCUGCCAUCACUGUCAUCAUCUUGGUACUGUAUUUUGCCAUUGACACCUUUGUGGUCAACAAGAAGCAGUGGUUGCCUGAGUGCACUCCUGUCUACGUUCAGUAUUUUGUUAAAUUCUUCAUUAUUGGUGUUACUGUGCUCGUGGUUGCUGUUCCUGAGGGACUCCCACUUGCUGUCACUAUUUCUCUGGCUUAUUCUGUAAAGAAAAUGAUGAGGGACAACAACCUGGUGCGGCACCUGGACGCCUGCGAGACCAUGGGCAACGCCACGGCCAUCUGCUCGGACAAGACGGGCACGCUGACCACCAACCGCAUGACCGUGGUGCAGGCCUACGUGGGCGACGUCCACUACAAGGAGAUCCCCGACCCCGACUCCAUCCCUGCCAAAACCAUGGAGCUGCUGGUCAAUGCAAUCGCUAUCAACAGUGCUUACACUACCAAAAUUCUGCCACCAGAAAAAGAGGGCGGGCUGCCUCGCCAGGUGGGCAACAAGACAGAGUGUGGGCUCCUGGGCUUUGUGCUGGAUCUGAAGCAGGACUACGAGCCCGUGCGCAGCCUCAUCCCCGAGGAGAAGCUCUACAAGGUUUACACCUUCAACUCCGUGAGGAAGUCCAUGAGCACGGUCAUCAAAAUGCCCGAUGGCAGCUUCCGCAUGUACAGCAAGGGAGCCUCCGAGAUUGUUCUCAAGAAGUGUUCCAGGAUCCUCAACGCCGCCGGGGAACCGCGCAUCUUCAGGCCCCGCGACAGGGACGAGAUGGUGAAGAAGGUGAUUGAGCCCAUGGCCUGUGAUGGGCUGAGAACCAUCUGUGUGGCCUUCAGAGACUUCCCCAGCAGCCCUGAGCCUGACUGGGACAACGAGAACGACAUCUUAUCCGACCUGACUUGCAUCUGUGUCGUUGGCAUUGAAGACCCAGUAAGGCCAGAGGUGCCAGAAGCCAUCCGGAAGUGCCAGCGAGCCGGGAUCACCGUGCGCAUGGUCACCGGGGACAACAUCAACACUGCGCGUGCCAUCGCCAUCAAAUGCGGCAUCAUCCACCCCGGAGAGGACUUCCUCUGCCUCGAGGGCAAGGAGUUCAACAGGAGGAUCCGAAAUGAGAAGGGAGAGAUCGAGCAGGAGCGGAUUGACAAAAUCUGGCCAAAGCUCCGGGUGCUUGCUCGCUCUUCCCCCACGGACAAACACACUUUGGUGAAAGGUAUUAUUGACAGCACACAGGUGGAACAGAGGCAGGUGGUAGCUGUGACUGGGGAUGGAACCAACGAUGGACCAGCACUUAAAAAAGCUGAUGUUGGCUUUGCAAUGGGCAUCGCAGGCACGGACGUGGCCAAGGAGGCCUCAGACAUCAUCCUGACGGACGACAACUUCAGCAGCAUCGUCAAGGCCGUCAUGUGGGGCCGCAACGUCUACGACAGCAUCUCCAAGUUCCUGCAGUUCCAGCUCACCGUCAACAUCGUGGCCGUCAUCGUGGCCUUCACUGGAGCCUGCAUCACCCAGGACUCUCCCCUGAAGGCCGUGCAGAUGCUGUGGGUGAACCUGAUCAUGGACACGUUUGCCUCUCUGGCGCUGGCCACGGAGCCGCCGACCGAGGCGCUGCUGCUGCGCAAACCCUACGGCCGCAACAAGCCGCUCAUCUCCCGCACCAUGAUGAAAAACAUCCUGGGCCACGCCGUCUACCAGCUCACCCUCAUCUUCACCCUGCUCUUUGUCGGUGAGAAAAUGUUUAAGAUUGACAGCGGGAGGAACGCCCCUCUUCACUCUCCUCCUUCUGAGCACUACACCAUCAUCUUCAACACCUUUGUCAUGAUGCAGCUCUUCAACGAGAUCAACGCCCGCAAGAUCCACGGCGAGAGGAACGUCUUCGACGGCAUCUUCAGAAACCCCAUCUUUUGCACUAUUGUCCUGGGCACCUUUGCUAUUCAGAUAGUGAUUGUCCAGUUUGGAGGAAAACCCUUCAGCUGUUCUCCCCUGCAGCUGGACCAGUGGAUGUGGUGUGUAUUUAUUGGAUUGGGAGAGCUGGUGUGGGGUCAGGUCAUUGCAACCAUCCCAACAAGUAGGCUAAAGUUUUUAAAGGAGGCAGGGAGGCUGACUGAGAAGGAGGAGGUCCCUGAGGAAGAGCUCAAUGAAGAUGUUGAAGAAAUAGAUCAUGCAGAGAGAGAACUCCGACGUGGACAAAUCCUCUGGUUCCGAGGGCUCAACAGAAUCCAAACCCAGAUCGAAGUAGUCAAUACUUUCAAGAGUGGCACUUCCUUUCAGGGGGCUCUCAGGAGACAGUCCUCCGUCACAAGCCAGACCCAGGAUGUAACCAAUAUUUCUAGCCCUAGUCACGUAUCGUUAUCCAAUGCUCUUUCCUCUCCUACCAGCACCUCUGCUGCUGCGGCUGGGCAUCCGCGUCGUGAAGGCAUUCCGUAGCUCUCUCUAUGAAGGUUUAGAAAAACCAGAAUCUAGAACCUCUAUUCACAACUUUAUGACUCAUCCUGAAUUUAGGAUAGAAGAUUCCCAGCCCCACAUCCCACUCAUUGAUGACACAGACCUAGAAGAAGACCCUGCUCUCAAGAAAAACUCGAGUCCACCGUCCUCGCUGAACAAGAACAACAGUGCUAUCGACAGUGGAAUCAAUCUUACAACUGAUACAAGUAAAUCAGCUACCUCUUCUAGUCCAGGAAGCCCAAUACAUAGCCUGGAGACAUCACUUUAGCUGAAAAGGUCACUGCAAAAAGGAAAACAAACAAAAAAAAAGAAAUAUUAAAGAGUUAAAGUAAAAUAAAAUAAGAAACCCCACAGCAACCGAGAUAUAUAAAUAUAUAUAUUAAAAACAUUGCUGGCUGAAAAGCUGUUUGAACUCUUAUUCACUCUGAGACAAGUGAAUGAAUUGUUGAUCACAAUGGUUUUGGGGAAAGAAUGAAUGGCUGAUUUACAUACCCCCCCGUUCCCUUUCAGAAAAACAAAAACAAAAAAAAAUCCUCCUGCAUGAAUGUACUGUACACUGCUGGCCCUUCUUUCUCUCUUUUUGUUUGUUUUUAUUUCCUUUUUGGUUCUUUUUUUUUGUUGUUUUUUUCCUCCUUAAGCAGGAACUGCAGAGGACUUCUUUCUGAGGCUAUUUAUCCAAUUCACUGGUCUGUGAGUUUUUGAAAUGCUUGUGUGGCAUGGACUCAAUUGUAUAGAUUAAUUUAAAUAACUUUUUUGAAGUUGCAAAGCUUAACUUGCACAGUAGAUUUGCACCAGUUGGACAGAGGAACUUAAACAUUUAUGAGACUAUAUAUAGAGAUAUAUACAUAUAAGUAUAUAGAUAAUUAAUUAUAUAUAUGUAUAUAUCUAUCUAUAUAUAUAUAGUUAUAUAUAUAUAAAGUUUCUUUGUUGGCAUGUUGCCUUGUUUCUGCUCAAAUUGCUCUGACUAUUUUAACUUAUUUAUGUCCUAAAAAAGAAUGUAAUUUGUUUACAAACCUGUAGAUAAUAUCCUUAACUAUUUGUAGGGUUAAGAAAGCACUUCCUGCCGAAGUAGUAUAAAAAUGGCUCAGCUCAGCUCAUUGAAAAUGUCUGUACUCUCGCACCCUGGAUAUUUUAUUACAACCGUGCUCUGAUUUCUGCCUGAUUUCCUUUUUGGGUUUUUAUUUUAUGGUCUUUUUUUUUUUUUUUCUUUUUUGUUAAUAAUGUAGAUACUGCUAGUAAAUAACAAAAGAAGCCAAAAUAUAACACAUUGGAUGUAGCAUUGUGAUCCUAUAUACAGGGAGGUAAACCAGGCUUCCUUUGUUUCAAAUAAAAAUCAAAAUGAUCAGGUUCUCUCCUUUUUUUUUUCCUUCCUUCCCUCUGAUGAUCUGCUUGAACUCCUUUUGGUGCAACAUAACAAUAAUGGAGGCUAUUUCAUUCUUCAGACAUACAGCAAUGGCUUCGGAAACUAUUUUUAGAGAGACAUUAAAUGAGUUUAUAAUUUAAAAUAAGUUAUAUUUGGUUUGUCUAUAUGGAGAUAAAAGAAAUGUUAAAAUCUUGUGAUAUACUGUGUUAAUCCUUUUCAAUUAGUACUUUAGGCAUUUAUUUCCUUAUUAUUUGCAAAGUAUGGGCUGUUGGCAUUUUGGAUUAAAAUCACUGUAGGUUGUUGCAUUGAUUUCUUUUUAAAAGAAAAAUAUAAUUUCUGCACUAUUAGGACUGAACAAAUCUUUAUUAAUUGUGUAUUGAGAUGUGCUUUGUGUGAUUUUUUUUAAAUCAAGCUUGUGUUCCUGCAGUAACACAGUAAUAACAUUAUUUUACCUUCAGCUUUCUCCCAAGAAAGCUGCUUUGAAAACCUGCAGAAUGGAAGGCGAAAAACAUUUUUCAAGAUGGUAACAGCCCUAGAAAAGUAAAAAAUUAUGAGCUUAUACAAUUGCUAUGUCAACCACUUGAAUGCUAAGCACUUUGUGGAUCACAGAUUUUUCAUAACUAAUUUUUGUAUUUAAUAUAAAGUUUGCUUGGAGACUUUUCAGCAUAUGAUUUUUUCCAUAACUGUACAGUGCAAAAAGACAUUUGGAAUUCCACAAUCGAUUAUGCCAGGCGUUGUUGGAACAAAAACACCCUCCAACCAACCAUCUCGAUCCGUUGAGUUGUUAAGGUGUUUUUUUCUGGUUGGCUCCAUAACAGUGGUGCAUCUCUGCAGUCCCAGCAGCUUUUAACCAAGCCAGAACUCUCCAAACCAAGCUUAGACUCAUGGCCAAACUGCAGACUGAUGUUUUCAGGGUGCAUCAGGACCCUCAGCCAGGUAAAGCUCUGAGCAGCUUCCCUUGCCAGCUGCGGGACUCGGGGCUGGGAGCUCUGCUGGCUGUGCCCGGUGCCCAGCCCCAGGGGCAGGCAGGGUGCCCGGGCAGCGGUGGCACCUGCAGCAGCCCCAGGGGCAGGCAGGGUGCCCAGGGCAGCGGUGGCACCUGCAGCAGCCCCAGCCGUGCCCCAGCCCAGGCAGGAAGGUGCUCUGUUGUGGGGACUCCACCACCCAUGGGCUCCCUGGGGCCAGAAGACAAAAGUGGUAUCUGUAUUUACAGGGAAGCCUCUAGCUUUGGACUUGAACAUCUACAGAAGCUAUUAAUACUGGAACAGUUUCUUUUCAGCAUCUUAACACACUGACUGUUUGCCUUUUUGUUUCCCGACACUCUUCAUGUUUUUUCUCGGUUCCGUUUUUGGGUUUUGUUUUUUUUUUUUUUAAUUAUUUUGGAAUUUUUUCCUGUAGGAGUACCCCUCCCUAAGGUACCAUUCGCAGACUUGAAAACUGUUAUAAGAAAAUGAACACUGCAUUCUGUGUAUAUAUAGUAAAACAUAUAUAAACUGAGAUGCAUAGAAAACUUGGGCUUUUGUGAGCAGAGACUGUGCUUUAUGUAUAUGAUAAAUGAUAGACUUUUUUUUUUUUUUUUAAAGCAGAAUAGCUAUGACCUUUCAACUACAAGUCGUGCAUCACAAUUCCUUUCUUUUAUUGCUUGACCUCUCUGUGAUGGGAACAAUGGAUCAAAAACCAAAAUGAUCAGUUUGUUAAAAUUCCCUGCAAUAUAUAAAUGCUCGCUCUCUACGUACUGUACUUAGCAGCAUGAGAUUUGUGGACAACAAUACAGUGGUACAUUGGCAAUCCAUCCCACUAGGGGUUAUUAAUAUAUGUUCAUUCAUCUGUUUUUAUGAAUUUUUUUAUCUAGACAAUAAUUGUAAAUAAAGAACUUACUCUGUCUGUUCAUUUAAUACUAUGCAAAAGGUUAUGCUUUCUAUUGUUAUUCUUAUUCCUACAGUGUGAUGCUGGAAUGUUUGUGGUUUCAAAAAAAAAACAAACAAAAAAGACAAAAGUAAGUAAAAUAUGUGAUGUAAAUUAUUUUAUAGUUUGAAACAAAAUGAUAAAGAUUUACUCUUGCUGCUUUCUGUCUAAUAGAUCUCUCUCGGCAGGAGCACAAGUGGAAAAUUUAAAGAAAUAAAUUCACAAAGCAGCAUGAACAAUAA